AUGCAACCUGCAGAGGGAGAUCCGGGCUCGGUUUCAUGGGGCUUCAAUGAGAAGUUGGUGAGGGGUCGCACGUGGGGGGAACUGAAGGUGGAUCUGGACGAAACAGGUCCCUGGGUAGAGUCAGCGCUUCCUCCAGAAAACCUGGGUCUGAACCCUGCCUCCCCCGCCCCAGCCUGCCGGAUCAUUGCUUCGAUCCCCUCCACUGACAACGGCAAAGGAGACCCCGACUUUGCUGAAAGGACUUCCGGCCCUGAGGGAUAUCCACGGUGCAAGCAGCCCCUGGAAUUUCAUAACCUGAGCUCUCCCUCCCCUUCCCUCUCUCCCUCCUCACGCCCUCCCUUCCUCCCUCCCUCUCCCUCCUCCUCCUCGCCCUCUGCCUUCACCACUGCCUUGGGGUCACCUGGAGAGGCCUCGGCUCCCUGCCACCCGGCCUCCUCCCCGAUGGUGUCUGCCCUCCUGGCGCCAUACCUGAGUGUGGAAUUUGUCCUGGGCCUGGUGGGGAACAGCCUGGCUUUCUUCAUCUGCUGCUUCCACGCGCGGCCCUGGACGUAGCUGGUCAGCCCGGUGGUGGCCGACUUUCUCCUGAUCAUCAACCGGCCUCUUCGCGUGGACUACUACUUCCUCCACGAGACCUGGCGCUUCGGGGCCACUGCCUGCAAAGUCAAGCUCUUCAUGAUCGCCACCAACCGCCCAGCGAGCACGGUCUCCCUCGCGGCCAUCUCACUCGACCGCUCCCUGAAGGUGGUGCGGCCUCAGCAUGUGCUGAGCAGGGCCUCCGUGUGGGCAGCCGCCCGGGGGGCCGGGGGACUCUGGGGGGGCAUCCUGAUCCUCAACGGGCACCUGUUCCUGACCACCGAUUCCAGCCACUCCUGCCUCAGUUACCAGCUGGGCGCGAGCCCCUCGGCCUCAUUCCACUGGCACCAGGCCCUGUUCCUGCUGGAAUUCUUCCUGCCGCUCCUCUUUGCCAUCGUGAACAUCAUGCUCACCAUCCUGCGCCGAGGCCUGGACGUGCAGGCGGGCCCGCGGGGGGCCGUGUGCAUGCUGGCCGCGGUCGUGGCCAUCUACGCGGUCUGCUUCUUGUGCAGUAUCAUCUUCAGCAAAGCUUCCAUCGUGGCCUUCCGCCUGCAUGCCUGCCGCGCCCUGUACAUCUGCUCGCAGCUCUUCCAUGGCUCCCUGGCCUUCACCUACCUCAACAGUGCCCUGGACCCCAUGCUCUACUGCUUUUCCAACCCCAACUUCCUCUGCCAGGGCUGGGCCCUGCUGGGCCUCACCCAGGGCUGGCAGGCCGCCAGCGACGAGAGCACCUACCAGCCCUCUGCCUGGUGCCGGGUGCCCUCUGGGAAUGUGGUGGCCGCAGAGAGGCUGUAG